UUAAUGCACUUAUCAUCCGUGUAAGGUCUCGUAGCACAUUUUUGUAUAACAACUGGGUCAAGCAUAGUUUAAAAGUAAACGUAUUUGAAACUAAACAAUGGAAACCGAAGAAAUUCAAUGUUUUUCUUUCUACAAAACCGCGUUCGUAUUUGUGGUUUUAGGAAUAAUCUGGUAUUUUCGUGAAAAAAUAGUUUACAAUAGCUAUAAGAAAUACUUCGCAUGGAUUUUAAAUAAAAUCACCGAAAAUAUUAAAGGCGGAUUAAAAGACGAGAAGACCCGGCUGUUUCAGUUUCUACAUGAGUAUAAAGAUCAACAGAAGAAAAACCUGACGAUACUUGAGGUUGGAUCCGGCACAGCUCCUAAUAUGUCCUUCUACCCGGCAAAUACUAAGGUGGUUUGCCUGGAACCAAACCAGCACUUUGAUAGUUACGCAGCUGAAAACGUCAAAAAGGAAGAAAAUUCGAUCUCUGUAGAUUUUGUACAUGGAUAUGCAGAAGCUUUGCCAUUCGAAAAUGAAACAUUUGACAUUGUAGUGUGCACUCUAGUUUUGUGUUCUGUUGAAGAUAUAAAGAAGUGUCUGCAAGAAAUCAAACGAGUCCUGCGACAGGGCGGGAAGUACGUCUUCUUGGAGCAUGUGGCAUACGAGGACAAGAAGUCUUGGGCAUGGACGUUUCAGUGUGUAAUGAAUCCAGUACACCGGGUGUUCUUCGAUGGGUGCGAGACAAUACGCGACACAGAAACCUACAUUAUGGCUACUGGAUUCUCAGAUGUCAAUGUAAACCGUUUUCCACACAAGCCGUUUCCGAUCUGGUUCAGACCAUGCAUUAGUGGACUUGCUACAAAAUAAAUGAAAAGGAAUGACGGAAACUUACUUUUGUAAUGUAUACAUUGUGAAAUUAGAAUUUAAACUGUUGGACCCGUUUUCUUUUCUCUGCAUAUUUUCUGUUUUCUCAACGUAUUUUCUGUGUACCCAAAUGGUGAGGGAAGAAAUUCAAGUGUAAUUCUCGUGUUAUUUCAUUAUGUGACAGUCAGUGGUUUAGUUGUGUUUUCUGAUUUCAGCUAGAACUCAGAACAAGUUAAUCUAGUGUAAUGUUUUGAUUUAUACGUAUUCCACCUUGACCAGUGCACUUUACACGAUGAAGCCAUUCGAAUGAGCGUUCACUGACAUGAUUUUGUUUACAAGAGUAUUUAUACGGAUAAGAUAAUACUAACUUCGAUGGCUGUGAGACAAACCGCGACACAGAAACCUACAUAAUGGCUGCUGGAUUCUCAGAUGUCAACGUAAAACGGUUUCCACACAUGCCGUUUCCGAUCUGGUUCAGACCAUGCAUUAGUGGACUUGCUACAAAAUAAAUGAAAAGGAAUGACGGAAACUUACCUUCUGUAAUGUUGAUUGUGAAAUUAGAAUUUAAACUGUUGGACCCGUCGUAUGAAUUAGAUUUGGUUUUCUCUACAUGUUGUCAAAUUCUUUGCGUAUGUUCUGUGUACCAAAAGGGCGAGGGAGGAACUUCAGUUCUAAUUCGCAUGUUAUUGCAUUAUGUGACAGCAAGUGGUUUGACUUUUAGUUGUGGUUUUGAUUUCGGCCAGAACUCAGAACAAGUUAAUAUAGUGUAAUGUUAGGAUUUAUACGUAUUUCACUUUUACACGAUGAAGCCAUUCGAAUGAGCGUUCACUAACAUGAUUUUGUUUACAAGAUUAUUUAUACGAAUAAACUGGAACUAAAUUGC